ACAUAACCCAGCCUACUAUUUAGUAGCCUAGGCUACGUAGCAAGCUAUGUGAUUUGGGACGUAGCCAAGAUUGGACGUAGACACUGGAUUAGGCUCCGUCCCUACUCUUACACACGUCAGCAUAAUUUCCCUCAGCGGUGUGGGGAAUGAGAUUCGAGCUUUUGUGUCUUGUCUCUCGUUAUGCGUCUCACAUCAGAUGAGUCCCAGUGAUCUUGGGGCUGCUGUAACACUCCGCUGUGAGAAAGGCGCGCGCCGCUCUCAGAUUCCUGCGCUACUAUAAGCAUCCUAUGGUCUUCUGCACAAGAUGGCGGAGCCGAGCACAGAAAAAGACGCGAUAACAACCGAAGAUGAUCAUCUUAACAAUUCAUUAGGAGAUGCUGGCUUGAUCUCCCCUGACAAAGAGGAUAUCUCACGAAUCCUGACAGUGCCGUUCAAAGGCCGGAUCAGAGGAGGGAUGAGGCCUGGUAAGAAAAUUAUAGUCAUGGGCAUCGUGGAUACAGAGCCAGACAGCUUUGACAUCAGUCUAACCUGUAACUGCAACACAGAGAAGGAUGAGGAAGAGGUUACAGAUGUGGCCCUGAAACUUAGUGCCCGAUUUGCUGAACGGCAGUUCUUGCGGAAUGCAAGGGUUUCUGGGAAGUGGAGUGAAGAAGAGGCAACCAUUCCAUACUUCCCCUUCAUCCAGGACCAGCCGUUCAGGAUUGAGAUCCAUUGUGAACACCAGCGCUUUAGGAUCUUUGUUGAUGGACAUCAGCUGUUUGACUUUUAUCACAAAGUGAAGUCUUUGCUGACCAUUGAUAUGAUCAGGAUAGAUGGAAGUCUGCAGAUCACCAAACUAGGUUAAUCCAGCACACCGGAGCAUGUUACAGAGAGGACUUGACAGGUGACCAAACCUACCAUUGUCUGGUUUUAUCUUUGAAGGCCUGAGAGGUUCUGCUCCAUCAAACACAAAAUGACUACCUACAUUCCUUCAUUCUGUUCCUUUCUUAUUUUCUCCCAUUUUCAAGCUGCACAUCUUUAUAGGUUGAGAUGUACUAUGUGAAUCUUUGCAGUGUCGGCUAUGUCUCUCUUUAGGUGUGUAUUGAAGAAAAAAAAAAUACUCUGGAUAUAACUGAAGUCAGAAGUUUACAUACAUCUUAGCCACAUACACUUAAACUCAGUUUUUCCACAAUUUCUGACAUUUAACCAUAGAAAACAUUCCUUGUAUUAGGUCAGUUAGGACCACUACUUUUAUUUUAAGAAUGUGAAAUGUCAGAAUAAUAGUAGAGAGAAUGGUUUAUUUCAGCUUUUAUUUUAUUUUUUAUCACAUUCCAAGUGGGGUCAGAAGUUUACAUACACUUUUUUUUUAGAAUUUCAUUUUUAGCAUUGCCUUUAAAUUGUUUAAUUUGGGUCAGAUUUUUUGGGUAGCCUUCCACAAGCUUCUCACAAUAAGUUGCUGAAAUUUUGUAUCAUUCCUACAAACUGAGUCAGGCUUGUAGGAUUCCUUGCAGGCCCACGCCUUUUCAUUUUGCCCACAAAUUAUUUAUCAGAUUGAGGUCAGGACUUUGUGGUGGCCACUUCAAUAUCUUGACUUUGUUGUCCUUAAGCCAUUUUGCCACAACUUUGGAGGUAUGCUUGGGGUCAUUGUCCAUUUGGAAGACCCAUUUGUUACUUAGCUUUAACUUCCUGGCUUAUGUCUUGAGAUGUAUUGAGAGAAUUUUACUUCCUUAUAAUGCUAUCUAUUUUCUGAAGUUCACCAGUCCCUCCUGCAGCAAAACACCCCCACAACAUGAUGCUGCCAUCUCCAUGCUUCAUGGUUGGGAUGGUGAUCAUCAGCUUGCAAGCCUCAUCCUUUUCCCUCCAAACAUAUGUGGUCAUUAUGACCAAGCAGUUCAAGUUUUGAUUCAUUAGACCAGAGGAUAUUUUUCAAAAAGUAAGAUCUUUGUCUCCAAACUGUAGUCUGGCUUUUUUAUGGUGGUUUUGGAGCACUGACUUCUUCCUUGCUGAGCAGCCUUUUAGGUUAUGUCGAUAUAGGACUAAUUUUACUGUGUAUAUAGAUACUGCUAUAUAGUCUAGCUGUGAACUCCAGCAAUUCGCAAGGUCCUUCGCUGUUGUUCUGGGAUUGAUUUUCCACCAAACUACGUUUAUUUCUAGGAGAUAGAAUGUGUCUCUUCCUGAGCGGUAUGGUUGCUGUGUGGUCCCAUGGUGUUUAUACUUGUGUACUAUUGUUUGUACAGAUGAACAUGGUACCUUCAGGCAUUAGGAAAUUGCUCCCAAGGAUAAACUAGACUUGUGGAAGUGCACAAUUUUUACUCUGAGGUCUUGGCUGAUUUCUUUUGAUUUUCCUAUGAUGUCAAGCAAAAAGGCACUUUUCUUGAAGGUAGGCCUUAAAAUACAUCCACAGGUACACCUCCAAUUGACUCCAUCAUUUUCUGGAAUUUUCCAAGCUGUUUAAGUUAACUUUGCCUUUAGUGCAGAUAAACUUCUGACCCACUGAAAUUGUGACGUAGUCGAUUAAAAGUGAAACAAUCUGUCUGUAAACAAUUGUUUAAAAAAAUAAUUCUCAUGCACAAAGUAGAUGACUUGGCAAAACUACAGUUUCCUGAUGUGAAGUCUGUGGCAUGGUUAAAAAAUGAGUUUUAAUAACUUCAACCUAAGUGUAUGUAAAUUUCUGACUUCAACUUUAUACACACACACAUGCAGGGGUAAACGUGAACAGAGUUAAUGCAAAUUACAACAGCCAAAGGCCAAAUAUGCUUUCAUGUAUUACCUGUCUCAGUGAUUACAGAUUUAAUAACGGAGAACAAUGAUUAUAGAAGCAUUUACGAUUGACAAUAUGAACAACUGCUGUUUAUUGCAACCAUUCUUUUUUUCUGGGAUCAGUAUCUUGCACUGGCUUAAUGUAGAAUGUAGUGCAUUGUGGAAUAGUUAGGUGUUUUAUUACUAACAUUGGAAAUAGCAGAGUAAUUGGUUUACAAUUCCACUCUAAUUUGUCGUCGUUCAAAACCCCCCCAUGUGUUGUACAUUUAAUCUUGAAAAAAUUCACCUGAUGUUUACAUCCUCUCUUAUUUGAUCUUAGGGACAAUAAUAAUGAUGAUGAUGAUGAUUGAUGAUGAUUGUAUUUAAAUAAAUUCUUCUUGGAAUGUAACAUGAUCCAUGCUGACAACUUGGCUAAUAGGGAGGAAGAUAAAAAUGAAGCAGGCUCAGUUUAUCAAUUUUCUUGACUAACAUGAGUACCUAAAUCCUUGUGUCAUUCCUUACAAAGCUACUGCCUGGAUUUUAUGGCCAAGGGAUGGUCUUCUCUUGUGUGUCCUAUAUUUGUCUUAUAUUCAAGAUGUCUGGGAUUUCCUGCCUCUCCCUAGACCUUUUAUUACAACAUUGAUUUUUCCCCCCAGAUGGAAGGGCAUAUGUUCACACAACUGUUUCCUUAUUACCUUGCACCUGUUUACAUAUAGUUGGAACAUGAAGCUUAUGUUGAUUACUUUAUAGCACCAUAUAAUGGAUGCAUUUGUAAGUCAUUAAUUACAACUCAUAACCCCGAGCACUCUUAGUCUCAUGUCUUGCUAUGCAGAAGUGCAAAAGGACAGUAUUUGUGUCUCUUUCCAGGUCUUUGCGAGUAUAAAGGUUGAUGUCUUAAUUAUACUUUCUGUACUACUCAAGUCUUUCAUUAAGCAUUUUAACUAGGCUCUGUUACGUCUUUUAUUUAAGUGGCCAGAAGAACGUGAAAUACCCACAUGACUAGAGUAAAAGAUGUAAUAAUUAAGCUCAUUAAGCGCUGAUGAACCUUUCUUCACAUUCUUGAAAACCACUGGCACUCUGAACUAAAUGAAUUUCAACAGCAGAGAACAGAAAAAGCACCAGACUCUGAGAUCUCACAAACCAGAGAACAUGAUACAGCCAUUAUCCAACUGCACUCACAUUGAUUGUAUCCACUUGAAAUAUUAUAUUUUUAGUUUUAUUCGCAGGUUUUACCCUGCAGGUGCUUAAAACUCUACAUAUUAAAUCAAAGAUGCUGUUUUAAAAAGUAAUGUAGCAUUUAAUUGUUGCUCUGAUUUUAUUUUAGACACCUUAAAGAGAAAAUUUUGCAGAGCUACCAGUCAUUUAGCAAUAUGAGAACAUUGUUCAGGCCACACUUUAGACUUUCUUUUUAAUAGCCAUUAAAAUAUCGCUCUUCCAGAAGCAGAUUCUGAUAUGAAACUGCAGCACUGAAGAUCGACAUGUUGUCUCUUUCAUUUGGAAACUUAGGGUUGUUGUUCCACAUUGUUUUCCGGACUGUCUUUAGAGAUGUCAAUGUAGCCAGACCCAAGUACUCUUCCUCUGAAAGUAUGGAUGAAUUUUAGAUGCUGACAUGCUUGGUGUCUUAUAGAAGGCAUGUAUAUGUAGUUAACUUAUAGAAGUAAAUUUGAUUGCAUUAUUUAUUUGAUUGAGUCUAAUGCAGGGGAUUCCAUUAUCGAUUGAAUAUCUCAAAUGUCUGUGGAACAACUGAUGGUCAGGAAAGGAUUGAUUUAUUUAUUUAUUUAUUUAUUAUUAUUAUUAUUAUUAUUAUUAUUAUUAUUAUUAUUAUUAUUAUUUUAAAAAUCAAGAUUUCUAAAGCUAACACCAUGCUCCUAAAAUGUAUUGUGGCUGUAAUUGUUGUUUAUGUUGAGUUUCCAUCUGGUGCUGUUUAAUUUUUUUGCUUGAACAACUCUUUAGAGCAAAGGGGAGGGAGCAAGCUGACCUGAGAACCCAGAUUAACAAGCAUUUACUCUAGUCACUGCAACUGGCCCUCUUUCCCCCCAUUCAUCAAAAAUUUGAAUCUAAUGCUAAAAGUUAGGCUCCUCAUGAUCCUGAUUAGUCUCUAGGGUGUACAGAUGGAUGUACUCUGUGCUUCAUGCUAUACUGUUUUUCAACUGUAAUAUAAAAACCUCUUUGACCAGAUUGAAAUGGAUUUGAAUUGGAUGGCACUGUCACAGGCUG